AUGGCCGACUCAACCCCCAAGUCCUACCAUACCGAUCCGCAGCUCUACGUCUACACUUCCCUCACAUCAGGCUCUUCGCACAUUGUCACAGCUACUUCUCGUCUUCAGACAAUACUCAAAGCUAACAAGAUUGACUACAAGAUGCUCGACGUAGCGACGGACGAGAAAGCAAGAAUGUUAUGGGGAAGAAGAGCAGGAAAGCGAAAAUUUCCAGGCAUGGUCAAGUACGGUCAGAUCCUUGCUGAUCUUGAGCAAGUCGAGGAGUGGAAUGAGUACGGCGAGAUCCAGGAGAAUCUUGGCUCAGGCAAAGCAGCCGCAUCAUCCUACACGCCAGCUAAAUCAACCGCAAAUACCCCUUCCAAGACACCAUCAGCACCACCAGCACCAGAUACACCCUCCAAACCGCCGCCAUCGUCUAAUUCCCAAUCUUCAGACGCCGUAAAAGACACAUCACCCUCAGAACCAUCAAAAACAGAUCAAUCCACUAAUCCCGCGGACGUGAUGCGGCAACUCGGGUUCGAAGCCGCUAAGAAGGCCGGUGACGCGAAGACCAAGGCUCUAGAGGCCCUCAAGGCCAAGAAUGCAGAUCCCCAAAAGCUAGACAAUGCAGGACCAACAGGCUUGCCUCCACCUAGCGGCACUACAGAAGCCAGCGAGGCACAGAAGCCCGAAAGUGGCAGCGCAGACGUAUCAAGUAAAGCUGAUAGCGUCCCAGCAACGAAAGUCGAAGAUACAGAAGAGGGCGAUGUGGCUGAGAGUAUGGAUGACAAGAGGGCGGUAGAAGCAGAGGAGAAAGCUGCCGCCAUGGUAGAGAAGCAGCCCUCAGAGGUUGAGAAGGCAGAGAAGAAUGCCGAAGAAUAUACUGAACCUCAAUCCGGGCAAAUCGAAAAAGCAAAAGAAUUACCCACAGGCGAAGAAGCGGGAAAGGCUGCCAACGUAGCCAUCGCACAGGACGAAGAAGUCCUCGAAGGCACAGGGCAAGCUGAAGAGAUACCCACAGCAGAAGAAGCAGAGGAAAAGGCCAAUGUCGCCAUCGUUGCAGAUGAGAAAGAGCAUGUUCAGGUUAAAACAGGCAAACACGUGCCAACUCCCAAAGUGACUGGUGCAGAGGAGACAGGGCCGGAAGCAGAGGGAGAGAAAGCGGUCGUGAGGGACGAAAAGCCAAAGGCAUUACCGAUCAGACAGAAGGAGAAGCCACUCGAGCUUCAAGCACAGCUGGAAGAGGUGGAAGAGGAGUUAGCAGAGGAAGAAGAGUCUGCUACUGAAUCGACGGCCAAGGACGUACAUGAGACAGCGAACACAGUCUCAGCCACUGAUGAAGCUGAGGCAGCGCCACCGGGCACGAAGACGCAGGAACAGCCAGCUGCUGAUGGGACGAAGGCAGGGGAGAGCGUGGCAGACUAG